AUGCUUGCUUCAAAGAUUCUGUCGAUCGGCGCCAACGUCCGCACAAUCAGAGUGCCUGCGCACGCCAGCGGGCUGCGCGUCGACCGAUUCAUCCUCGAGCAUGCAAGCAUCCCGCAGGGUCUGCUUUUCAAGCUGCUGCGCAAACGCAGCAUUGCCCAGAUCGACGACGUCACGGGCAAAUCCAAGCGCCUGCAGGGAUUCGACAAGGUCCAGCCAGGGAUGGUCAUCCGAUUGCCCAACACACUGGUAACAGCGGCCACAGACACCUUUGGUGAUGGAAAGAACCACACUGAGUAUGAUAAAUCCAUACACGCAGAUUUUAUCAGACAGCAGCUGCCUGUGAUCCACGAGAACGACGCCAUGGCUGUGUUCCAGAAGCCGCCUGGCUUGUCGUGCCAGGGCGGCAGCAACGUGAAGUACUCGGUGGACAAGAUGCUGGCGGAAAUCGACGGCAGUCUUGAAACUGGGUACCGGCUGGUCCACCGGCUGGACCGUGGGACCACUGGUGCGCUGGUCGUCGCCAAGAGCAGAUUAGCCGCGGCUGCACUAACAAAGGCAUUCCGCGACCGCUCAGUGGACAAGAAGUAUAUCGCGGUGCUCAGCGGAAUUCCUGUCAACAAGCAAGGAACUGUGGAUCACCCACUGUUCAAUACAGGGACCAUGACAAUCAUUGAGGGCGGUGAGGGCGCCGCGAACAAUGGGGCUGCUGCUGCUUCUGCUGCUGUUGCCAAGGAGGCUAUCACUCGGUAUAGGGUAAUGCGGACAGGAAAAUGGAGGGGCGAGAACGUUUCCAUAGUUGAACUGGACCUGUUGACUGGACGUAAACACCAGAUCCGCGCGCACUGUGCCCAGGUUUUGGGAUGCCCAGUACUUGGUGACCAAAAAUACGCUGGUGCACAGCGGUCAACGGACCAGAACAUGUACCUGCAUCUGUUCAAGCUAACAGUCCCGGGUGAAGUAUGCGAUCCGAGCACGCUGUCAGUCACAGCGCCGUUCCCGGAGUUCUGGAAGCCAAUCUUUAGCGCUCUGGGUGUCUCUCUUUCAUCAAAACCUCGUUUAUAA